AGGUCGUCUCGGAGGGUGGAGAGAAGGUGCGCGCCGAAUAACCUCUCAUCGACCUCGUGCUUUGGUCACUGCAGUGAAUGAACAUGAGUAUCAGCAGACUUUAUUUACGAUUGCAAUCAUGUCGUUUUUACUCCGGUGGUUUGAGAGCGACAUAUCACCGAACCUUGGACAGGAUCGAGUUAAAGCUGCCACCUAAAUUAAGACCUCUCUACAACCAUCCUGCUGGACCAAAGACGGUUUUCUUCUGGGCACCAGUUUUUAAAUGGGGUUUAGUAGUGGCUGGAUUCUCUGAUAUGACCCGGCCACCAGAAAAGCUCAGUGUCUCUCAGUCCUGCGUCAUUACAGCCACAGGAAUAAUUUGGUCAAGGUACUGCUUGGUGAUCAUCCCCAAAAACUGGGCUCUGUUUGCUGUUAACUUCUUCCUGGGCAUGUGUGGAAGCAUCCAGCUUAUAAGAAUAUGGAGGUACAACCAACAGCUCAAGCAGAAAGGAGUGGAAGUGGCACAGUCUUGAAGUGCUACUUAUUCUGAUGAGUGCAGUGCUGAUAAAGUUUUGCUUUGUUACUGUAAAAGCAAUGAAUCUGCAUUUUGCACACAUCAGUCAUGUUAUAUAGAUCAAACAAAUACAGGUAUGAUCUGUCUGUAUAAAAUAGGGAUUUGUUUCUUAAAACUUCAUAAUCAUUUCAAUUUAUCAUUAAAUUGUGAUACAUUACGAUUGUAAUUCAUAUGUUCUUGAUUGUAUAUUGUAAUGUGUUGUUAUUCUGAUCCAUCGUUAUUUCUAUACAUUUCUUAUUUUAAGGGGGUCAUAUUAUAACAAUAGCCAUAAUAAAAAUUUACUGGAGGUGUGCCUA